AUGUUAGGGGCUGUGAAGAUGGAAGGGCACGAGAGCAGCGACUGGAACAGCUACUACGCCGACACACAGGAGGCCUACAACUCGGUCCCGGUCAGCAACAUGAACUCGGGCCUGGGCACCAUGAAUUCCAUGAACACGUACAUGACCAUGAACACCAUGACCACGAGCGGCAACAUGACCCCGGCUUCGUUCAACAUGUCCUACGCAAACCCGGGCCUUGGCGCCGGCCUGAGCCCCGGGGCGGUUGCUGGCAUGCCGGGCGGCUCUGCGGGCGCCAUGAAUACCAUGACGGCGGGCGUGACGGCCAUGGGGACGACGCUGAGCCCGGGCGGCAUGGGGGCCAUGGGCACGCAGCCCGCUGCCUCCAUGAACGGCCUGGGCCCCUACGCCGCUGCCAUGAACCCGUGCAUGAGCCCCAUGGCGUACGCGCCGUCCAAUUUGGGCCGCAGCCGGGCUGCUGGCGGCGGAGACGCCAAAACUUUCAAGCGCAGCUACCCACACGCCAAGCCGCCCUACUCGUACAUUUCCCUCAUCACCAUGGCUAUCCAGCAGGCGCCCAGCAAGAUGCUCACACUGAGCGAGAUCUAUCAGUGGAUCAUGGACCUCUUCCCCUAUUACCGGCAGAACCAGCAGCGCUGGCAGAACUCCAUCCGCCACUCGCUCUCCUUCAACGACUGCUUCGUCAAAGUGGCCCGCUCCCCGGACAAGCCGGGCAAGGGUUCCUACUGGACGCUGCACCCAGACUCCGGCAACAUGUUCGAGAACGGCUGUUACUUGCGCCGCCAGAAGCGCUUCAAGUGCGAGAAGCAGCCAGGCACCGGGGGCGGGAGCGGCGGCGGCGCCAAGGGCGGCCCUGAGAGCCGUAAGGACCCCUCGAGCGCUGCCAACCCCAGCGCCGACUCGCCCCUUCGUCGGGGCGUGCACAGUAAGGCCGGCCAGCUAGAGGGCGCGCCGGCCCCCGGGCCCGCUGCCAGCCCCCAGACUCUGGACCACAGCGGGGCGGCGGCGACAGGGGGCGCCUCGGAGUUGAAGACUCCGGCCUCCUCGGCUGCACCUCCGAUCAGCUCCGGGCCUGGGGCGCUGGUAUCUGUGCCCCCCUCCCACCCGGCGCAUGGCCUGGCACCCCACGAGUCCCAGCUGCACCUGAAAGGGGACCCUCACUACUCCUUCAACCACCCUUUCUCUAUCAACAACCUCAUGUCCUCCUCGGAGCAGCAGCACAAGCUGGACUUCAAGUCAUACGAGCAGGCACUACAGUACUCGCCCUAUGGCACCGCAUUGCCCGCCAGCCUACCCCUCGGCAGCGCCUCGGUGGCCACGAGGAGCCCCAUUGAGCCCUCAGCCCUGGAGCCGGCCUACUACCAAGGUGUGUAUUCCAGACCCGUUCUAAACACUUCUUAG